CCGCCCGAAGGUUGGGAUGCCCGGAUGUGCAGGUUGCCAUGGCGACCACGCAGCGGCUUCCGGUUUGGGGCGGGGGAAAAAGGGCGUCGGAAGGGGCGUCGCGGUCCAUGGCUUCGGCGGCGGCUGGAUCCCGUUGCCAUGGUUCCCAGCAAAUGCAGGCCUCCCGCCGGGAGUAGGCCUGGGCACGUCGCCCCGGCGAACAACUACGGUCUGCAGCUGGUUCUCCAGAGCACUCCUCCGGCGGAGAGAGCGAAACCCAUUGAGUUUAGAUUACACAAAGAUCAGCCAUAUCUUCACAACAGGUUCCUGCAGCAUGAUGUUGAGAAGAACUAUUCUGGAAAACUAGGAGAUGGAAGAUUAAGUCCAUUAUCGCGCAAUAAAAAGUUGUAUGUUCCUGUAACGACAAAUUUUGCCGAUAUCCCUGGUCUUGAGAUGAAAUAUGGGGCAGGCUCUCUGUCACCGUUUGGUGACUGCUCUUUCCCUACCCCUUCAAAAUACAAAAUACAGCAGGGCUGUCAUAGUGCAAGUGCAACUAUCCCAGAGAAUAUCAGUUAUGGGAACACUGCUUUUCCCCUGGUGAACCGUACUGCAGAGGAGAAAACACAGCACUCUGACAGGUUAACCCUUGAAAGACAAAAGCUGACAGUUUGCCCAGUUAUUGAUGGAGAAGAGCACCUCCGACUGCUGAGUUUCCAGCAUAACUGCAUCACUCGGAUCCAGAAUAUUUCUAAUCUACAGCAUCUUGUUUUCUUAGAUUUGUAUGAUAAUCAGAUAGAGGAAAUCAGUGGUCUUUCUACGUUAAGGGCUCUCCGUGUCCUUUUGUUGGGAAAUAACAGAAUAAGGAGAAUAGCAAACCUGGACAAUUUGGUCAGCCUUGAUGUCUUGGAUCUUCAUGGAAAUCAGAUUUCUGUAACUGAAAAUCUUAAUCAUUUGAAUAACCUUAGAGUGCUGAAUCUCGCCCGGAAUUGCUUAACAUACAUUGAAAACCUCUAUGGAUUGGAUUCAUUAACAGAACUUAAUCUUCGAUAUAAUCAGAUCAGAUCUGUGAAAGAUGUGGACACUUUGCCCAGCCUCCAUCGUCUGUUCCUCAGCUUUAAUGAUAUAUCUCGCUUCGAAGACAUUCUGUGCCUUGCCGAUUCCACAUCCCUUUCAGAAAUCACCCUAGAUGGGAACCCAAUAGCACAGGAGACAUGGUACAAGCCUACUAUUCUCCACCAUAUGAUGCAGCUCCGACAGCUAGAUAUGAAGAAAAUCACGGAAGAAGAAAGGCGUAUGGCAUCUGUCGCGCUAAGGAAAGAGGAAGAAAAGCGGCGUGAGACCCACAAGCAAACUUUACUGAAGGAGAAGAAACGAUUAACAAUUAGCAAUAUCGCUCGUCUGUGGGAGAACCAACAGAACCGUUUUGGCGUACUGUCUCCUGAUCAAGAGAAGGACAAUGACGACGACUCCUGUCAAAAAAACAGAAAUGCAGCAUACGGAUUCCCUGAGGAAGCCAGGUCUCUUGAUUCGCUUUUGAGCAAAGCCACACAAGGCCUUUCUGUCCUAGACUCUCACUUAGUUGAAAUAGAUGGCGACAUUCUCUACCUAUAUGGCUCAGGGGCUCUGGAAUCCCUGGAUCGAAACUGGAGCGUCCAGACAGCUGGGAGCGUUGCUACGGUCUCUUUUAUUUUCAUUGACUUUGAUGAAAUUGUUCCAGUGCUGCCGAAACUGAAGAUCAAGUUUCCUAACUUUGUGCACUUGAAAUUCAAGGAGACCAACCUUGUCAUGUUGCAACAGUUCAAUGCCUUAGCCCAAGUUCGUCGCCUUGAGCAGUUAACCGUUGACGCACAGGGAAACCCAAUCGUCACCUUCACCUUGUGGAAAUACUAUGUUCUCUUUAGACUGAACCAUUUCAGCCUGCAAAAAAUAAAUGGGAUAGAGGUCACGCAGAAUGAUAUGAUAAUGGCCGAACGACUGUUUGGCGUCCUGGCGUACGUAGCCUCUUCGGACGUGCCCUAUUGCCGCCUGCUCUCAUUACUUGGAGACAGCAGGAAGAAACAAUGUGUUAUCUUUUGGAAGCAAAAGGGAGGAAUUGGGAACUGCGAGCGAAGUGGCAACGACGCCGAAAACUUGGAGGAGAAAUAUCGCGCUGACACUGAAUUACACCACGAGAGUUCCAGAUGGAGAAGCUGGAGCAACCAAAGUGGCUCUGGCAAAAGCAAGAGCGAGAGAUCUCCUUACCUCUCUUGGAAUCUGUCUUUCUCUGGGGAAUAUGUGACAGCUUAUCCCUCCAUUCUCUCAUAUAUGUCUCUGGAAAGGAAGGACAGGAAAAACUUCUGUCAGACCUACAUCCAAGAGCUUGUGAAGGAAGCGACUGACAUCAACGUGAAAAACGAGUCCUUCCAGAAACUCUGGCCUCAGAUGUUCAUUGAACUUGUCAGAGACGCAGUGAUCGAGAUACGCAACAAGGAUUCCUACAUGAAGCUUUGCUUGCAGCGAAUCAUGGAUCAGAAGUCGUAAAAGAUGCAAGUUUCCUCUCCAUUGCAGUGGCGCAUUGGGUUGCCUUUCCACAUAGGCCUAAAAUAGUGUUAUGAAAUUGGCAUUGUUCUUGGAUACUUUUUAAACAAUAUCCAUAAAGACUGGCACAAAGAGACUCCAUUUUCACCAUAAAAGGGGACACUUCUUUGAAAGGAGAGGUCUUUUUUCCUCCUCCUAGCUCACACAUUCACUUGUGUGUAUGUACACAGUGACUAAAAGCAUCACCUCUACUGUGCUUUACUGAAUCCUCUCUGCUUUUUUUCAGUGCUUUUCAUGCCAGAAUCCUAGUUUUAAGGAAGGAAGUCACGUCUUUUGGAUGCUCACCCUUUCAGUUUGCUGCUAUGGCUGGGGUGGUGGAAUAUCACAGUUGAAGACACUGGAUUUUCAGGGCUGGAAAUUUAAUAAAUUAUUCUGUUUAUAACUUCUAAA